UACCCCGGCAGCUUCAGCGGCCCCAGGGUGUCUGUCGCUCGGUUUGCAGCGCUGGACCCAGUACUCCCUGCUGAGUCUCCACGCGCGCGCGGUGACUCGGCGCCUUCAUGAGGCGUGGCGGGAGCCAGAGGGAGUUUUCUCUAGGAGUCUGGAAAUUGACCCCUUGACAGCAACUGCGCAGUUGGGUGGGCAGCACGUGGAGUGAAGGAACACCGUCUUGGACCGGUGUCAGAUCUGAGCAGGUGGAAACGGGUGCGUCCCCACUUUGGCCUCAGUUUCCUGAUCUGAAGGGGACGGACAGUGCCAACCGAGCUGUGAUCACAUUUUUGGAGACUGUACCCAUCUUUGAGAAAAGCCCAGAAAGAGAACAUGGCUCCAGAGCAAAGGGAAGGGAAGUCUCAGGUGUCGGUGACGUUUGAGGAUGUGGCUGUGCUCUUUACUCGGGAUGAGUGGAAGAAGCUGGAUCACUCACAGAGAAGCCUGUACCGUGAGGUGAUGCUGGAGAACUACAGCAACCUGGCCUCACUGGGAUUUCCAUUCGCCAAACCAGAGAUGAUCUCCGUGUUGCAGCAAGGAGAAGAACCCUGGAAAGUAGAGAAAAGAAGUCUUGGCUUCUCUCUCGGAUGCAACAGCAGUCUUCAAACCACAAAAUCAACUCAAACUAAAGAUUCAUCGUUUCAGGGAUUAAUGAGGAAACAACUCAAAAGAGACAAAUCCUGGGACUUCACAUCAGGAAAAUUCUGCAGAUCUGACAACCAUUUUAAAAAGCAGGACAAAAAUGAAAGCUUACAAACAAUUUCAGUCACCCAUACAAAAAUCCUUACUGUAGAUAAGAUCCACAAUAAUUUUGAAUUUGGUCUAAAUAUCAGCCUGAAGUCAGUUGGUAAGCAAAAGAUUUCUAGAGAAAAAACACAAAGAAAUAGCUUCAAGGAAAAUUCAAAUUUGCUUAAUCAACCAAAAAUCAAGACAGCGGAGAAACGCUAUAAAUGUAAUAUUUGUGAAAAAGCUUUCAUGCACAACUCAUCCCUUCGAAAACAUCUGAAGAACCAUACUGGAGAAAGAUUAUUUCAAUGCAAAGAAUGUUUGAAAGCUUUCAGCCAAAGUUCUGCUCUUAUUCAACAUCAAAGAACUCACACUGGAGAGAAACCCUAUAUAUGUAAAGAAUGUGGGAAAGCCUUCAGCCAUAGUGCAUCCCUUUGUAAGCACCUAAGAACUCAUACUUUGGAGAAAUCUUAUACAUGCAAAGAAUGUGGAAAAUCCUUUAACAGAAGGUCUGGCCUUUUUCUGCAUCAAAAAAUCCAUGCCCGGGAAAAUCCUCAUAGAUAUAACCCAGGUAGGAAGGCAUCCACUUCCCUUUCAGGAUGUCAGAGAAUCCAUUCCAGAAAGAAGACCUACUUGUGUAACGAAUGUGGCAACACCUUUAAGUCUAGCUCAUCCCUUCGUUAUCAUCAGAGAAUCCACACUGGAGAGAAACCUUUCAAAUGUAGUGAAUGUGGCAGAGCCUUCAGUCAGAGUGCAUCACUUAUUCAACAUGAAAGAAUUCACACUGGAGAAAGGCCCUACAGAUGUAAUGAAUGCGAGAAAGGCUUCACUUCUAUUUCAAGACUCAACAGACACCGAAUAAUUCACACGGGGGAGAAAUUGUAUAAUUGUAAUGAAUGUGGCAAAGCCUUAAGUUCCCAUUCAACUCUUAUUAUUCAUGAGAGAAUUCACACUGGAGAGAAACCAUGUAAAUGUAAAGUUUGUGGGAAAGCCUUCAGACAAAGUUCAGCUCUGAUUCAACAUCAGAGAAUGCAUACUGGAGAAAGACCUUAUAAAUGUAAUGAGUGUGGGAAAACAUUCAGGUGUAACUCAUCCCUCAGCAACCACCAGCGAAUUCAUACUGGAGAGAAACCUUACCAAUGCAUAGAAUGUGGCAUGUCAUUUGGCCAAAGUGCAGCUCUUAUUCAACAUCAGAGGAUUCACACGGGAGAGAAACCCUUUAAAUGUAACACAUGUGGGAAGAGUUUUAGGCAAAGCUCCUCCCUUACAGCACAUCAGCGAAUUCAUACUGGAGAGAAGCCCUAUGAAUGCACUGCAUGUGGGAAGCUCUUCAGCCAGAGAUCCUCCCUUACCAAUCACUACAAAAUUCAUAUUGAAGAAGACUCCCUGAAUAUAGAUUUGCAUGAGUAAAAGCAAUUAACCAAAGUUCCUAAAAGAAUAUAUACUUGACAUAAUAUAGUGAAUAUGAGGAAACUUUCAACUUAGUCCUAUGAGAUUAAAAUUACAAAGAAAUCUUGGUUAUAUAAUAAGGAAAAUUUUCCUAUCUUUCAGUCACUUUUUAAGAUCAGACAUUAAUAUUGACCAUUUAUAAGGUAAAAGGAACACUUAUCUGCAUAAUAUAUAAUAUUCAGGAGUGCUGUGCUGUUGUUAUUAGCAAAAGGAAUAUCAGCUAUUAGCGUAUUUACUACAACUAAUAUUUUAAUAGUAAAUAACUAAAAUAAAUGCAUUUUUAAAUCAA